GAAGAUGACACUUUCGAUCGCAAUCUUAUUAUUAACUGUUGCUACAUUAGCAACAGCCGAGAAUGCCUUUCAUCCACUCUCGGAUGAGUUCAUAUCUCUGAUCAAUUCAAAGCAAAGUACUUGGAAAGCUGGCCGAAACUUUCAUUUGGACACUCCCCUGACUUACAUCAAAGGACUAAUGGGGAUACGCAAGGGUUCAUCAACACCCGAGAUUCCCGUUCAAUUCCAUGACGAUGACUUGAUUGCCAAUUUACCUGAAAACUUUGACGUUAGAGAUAAAUGGCCUAAUUGCCCGAGUUUGAAUGAAAUCGGAGACCAAGGAUCGUGUGGAAAUGACUGCGCUUUCGCGGUUACUGGAGUCAUGACAGAUCGAGUUUGCAUUGACUCGAAUGAGUCAAAACAUUUUCAAUUCUCUGCUCAGGAUAUGACAAGCUGCAGUUUUCAUAGUGACUGUAUGGGUGGAUAUCUGGAUAUCGCUUUUAGUGAAUUGUUAUAUGUAGGUAUCGUAUCAGGAGGAUUUUAUAAUUCAUCACAGGGCUGUAAGCCUUACGAAAUUCCUCCGUGCGAGCAUCACGUGGAUGGAAAUAGACCUACGUGCAAUGAAUCUAGUGAUACCCCGCUUUGUGUAAAGAAAUGCGUUGCUGGUUAUAAUGUAGAGUAUGAUAAAGAUCUGCAUUACGCUAAAUUAAUUUAUAAGUUAAAUGGAGAAGAUCAGAUUAAAGCUGAGUUGUAUAAGAAUGGUCCAGUCGCAUCUAGUUUUGUAGGAUACGAAGAUUUCGUUAAUUACAAAAGCGGGGUAUACUCGCACACAGCGGGUGAUGUGCUCGGCGAUCACGCUGUUAAAAUAUUGGGGUGGGGAGUUGAAAACGGCAAGAAGUACUGGUUGUGCGCCAACUCUUGGAACAGUGACUGGGGUGAAAAAGGUUUCUUCAAAAUUCUGCGUGGUGAAAACCAUUGCUAUAUUGAGGACGAAGUUUACGCCGGAAAACCUGAUUUAAGAGGACUUUGAAUGUAGUGAUGUAAACCAGUUUCUUCUUUCAGUAAACUAUUAUUGUCUCUUUUCAGGAAAGUGUUUUAAUUUUGCUUGGUCAAAUAAAGCCAAAUUUGAUUUGAA